GGCGCUCAUGCCCGAGCCUUCCGACAGAAUCCGACUGUCUCUGAGUCUGACACUCGGUUCACCUGUACAAUGCGCACACACAUUCUUCGGCAAUACCUUUGAACUGAGCUUUGCCCCGGGCCACUAGUAUGCGGGUUUGUACUGAUUGCUCGAGCUAUCAGCUAUAGCUAUGCUGCAUGAUGAUGCAGUAGUGGCCAAGUAGCGGCAACCUCUUUCACGUUGCGACCACUAGCACUACCGCUGCCACUAGGUUUCAGCUUGGCCUACUUCAACAUGCCUUCAACCACCGAAGAGACACUCCCACAGGGACCAGACUACGUCCGCAUCCGGGUCUUGCUCUACGGCUCGUCGAAGGACGACCCCGUCUCCGACGACCGCUUCGGCGACCACCAGCGACGCGUCGAGAUCAUCUUCAGCCUCAAGCUGCCGCGCGCGAACAUGCCGCCGAACGACAUCCUCCAGUACGCGACCGACUUCAUCAACUUGUACUACCCCUGCCUCAAGCACACCCAGAAGUGGCACUGCGAGUUCUGCGACCUGCCCGCGCGCAUGUCCCAGCAGGAUGUGAGCUCCUGGUGCUCCAGAACGCCCCCGCAUGUACUCAUCUACUACCACUUCGUCUGCGAUCCUAGGUCGGGCCCGUGUGCAGACAAUCUCCGUAUCAUCCAGCGACAAAUGGCGCGCGUCAACGGCUUGCCAACGCCACGCCGUCCGCGCAACCGCGAGGACCCGUUCGAGUUCCCGCCCAUGGCCGCCUGCGCAGGGUGCGAGCACGAGGAGACGGUGGACAUGCCUACAUUGAAGUGCAGUAGCUGUGAUCUCACUAGGUACUGCUCUGUCGCGUGCCAGAGAGCGCACUGGCCGGAGCACAAGGUCUUCUGCAAGACUCCGAAGGUGGUCAAGUGGGUCUGGCCGUCAGCGGGCGAACUCCAGGAGCCACGCGAGCAAGUUAUGCCGGGAUCGCUACAAGCUUCCGAGGCCGACGACGCAGCCGACUCACCAUCUCAAGGCUGUUCCAUACAGUAGAGACGGCGACGUCGGGAAGCUUGUCCUCAUACGGUCACGGUCACCCCGCGAGCCACCACGUCGUAGCUCAUCGACUUCUCAUCCGGCCAGUUUUUCGCGUUGCUACCAUCUCCCUGCUCUUGACCCGUGUCCAACGUAAAGUACGUUUCCUAAUGUAUUUCGACAAUC